AUGUCUGGAAUAUUCUUCCGAUUUGGUAUCAGACAUAACUUGACGUUUGCUCUACCGAGGACAGGCGUUGUUUUGAAUUCAAUGAACGACCUAGUUACGAAAAACAAAGAUGGCCGCUUUGACAUUCUGGCUGUUCACGCGCUAACAAAGGAGCUAUUUGAUAGGUUAUUGAAUGAUGACGUCAUUCAGUUAGCUGUUGUGCGUCAUCCAUUGAAACGGAUGAUCAGCGCAGCCUAUUUUUACCGUGAUUUAGCCUUAAAGAACCACAGGACUAACUACCUGAAUAAAGUUCCGCAGAAAGAUUUCAUUCACAAUCUGAUCAAUAAACCUGAGUUAUACGAGGACAAUGCAAACUUUACCCUUACGAGAAAUGCCAUGGGAAAAAGAUUCGGAUUUUCUCCAUCUACGCAGAAGAAUGACACAGGCGCUAUCAAAAAGCAGCUGGAUAGUUUAAAUAAAGAAUUCAAUUUAGUCUUAGUUACGGAAAGACUUGACGAGUCUCUGGUCCUCAUGAAGCGGACGCUUAACUGGACAUUUAAUGACAUACUGUAUGUAAGUAAGAACGUCCAUUCCCAUGAAAGAGUAAAUAUAUCAGAAACCGAGGAAGAGAAAUAUAGAGAUGCUUCGUUUUUAGACUACGCUAUAUAUGAUUAUUUCACGGAUAUUCUUGACAGAAAAAUAACGUCUGAAGGCGCCGGCUUUAUAGACGAAGUGACCUGUUUCAAAAACAUUUUACUGAAGGUUAGUAGGUUCUGUGAAAGAAAAAGUUCCUCUAGACUUACAAUUGAAAAAUCUAAGUGGAAUACACCAUUUCAGCUAUGGAGGGACGAUUGUAGACUGAUGUCAAACGGUAAUCCGCAAAUUAUCGCAAAUCUGAGAAACAAAAUAAAGAGAAGGAAGUGA